UGGAUGGAUAGGCUACUACUUUGGAUCAUGUUGGUGAUGUUGACUACCGGUGGAUGUGUGAUGUCAUUCACUCAUGAACUGGAUAUGGAGGAUGUUUUAGAUUAUGAAAAUAAUGUUGGACCAAAGGUAGCGAUCGAGACUGAUUUGGAUGAUGAAUGGUCCACAAACUCGGGCGAUCAAGCCCAAUGGUUCACUCAGACCGUGGACCAUUUCUCGUUCCACAGUGACACAUUCCAACAACAAUAUUAUGUCAAUGAUACUUUUUGGGAUCGCGAGAUGGCCGGUCCAAUAUUUUUGAUCAUCGGUGGAGAGAACCCAAUCACAUCAAAAUAUGUCACUGGUCAAUUUGUCAUCAAUGACUAUGCACGAGAGCACGGUGCAUUACUACUCGCCAUCGAACAUCGAUUCUAUGGAAAAUCAAUACCAACUCCCGACCUCUCCACUCCCAACCUCGACCUUCUAAGUUCCGAUCAAGCAUUAGCCGAUAUUGCCAACUUUCGAAACUACAUCUCAUUCAAAUAUAGAGCAUUUACAAACAAAUGGAUUGCGUUCGGUGGAUCAUAUGGCGGAGUGUUGGCUGCUUGGACUCGAUUGAAGUAUCCUUAUUUGGUUGAUGCUUCGAUAUCAUCGUCAGCUCCUGUAAAGGUACAGGCAAACUUUGCCGAAUACUAUGAGAGUGCCGCAACAUCAUUGGGUGCAGAGUGUGCAUCGGCCAUAGCUCAAGCCACAACAACCAUUGCUGCAAUAUUACAAACAUCCGAUCGUAGAGUGAUUGAAUCAAUGUUUAAAACAUGUUCAUCAAUACGUACGGACGAUGACAUUACAACAUUCUUUGAGGCAUUGGCAUCGUCAGUGACAGAGAUCGUACAAUAUAAUAAUGCAAACAAUAGAUAUAGACGAUUCAAUAUUGACAAGAUGUGCAGUAUGAUAAGGAAUGGAGAGGAUCGAGUUCGAAGUUUUGCCAACUACAUGCAAGAGUACCUUCGAUUCAGCAGUAAACCAUGUACUACUUCCAACUACCUUGGCCUCAUCGACCUACUCAGGAACACUUCAGUCAAUGCCAAGUUCAUCAAAGCUCGAGCCUGGACAUGGCAAACAUGUAACGAGUUUGGAUUCUUUGGAUCUACACAACAAUCUAAUCAGUUGUUCUCAUCGAUGGUAACAUUACCUUGGUAUUUGAAGAGAUGUGAGGAUAUAUUUGGACCGAGAGAGGAUGGCGAACCUUAUCAACCAAAGGUUGAAUGGCUGAAUAAGAAAACAUUCUGGACACACUCAUUCUUUUCCAAUGGAUUGAUUGAUCCUUGGCAUUCACUUGGUUUACUCAAUUCUUCGUCACCAUUAGUCAUGACCUAUGUCAUGGAGAACUCUGCACAUUGUGCCGACUUCUUUCCACCCACCACCUAUGACCUUGAAGAACUAUCAACAUCAAGGCGAAUGCAGAAUGACUUUAUAGCAUCAACUAUAGCUCGUCAGAGAUUCCCCUCACUUCCAACAUCGAAGCGA